AGUGCGCUGGCGUGCAGGCGGACGUGCAUGCACGCGAGCAACAGAUCCGAGCGCAUGCGCAAUUCAUUGUUUUGACUGAAAAUGCCGUCGGUUUCGAAAACGGCGGCCAAUGCGUCCCCUCAAACCGAGAAACCUACCCACUAUACAUACUUGAAGGAGUUCAGGACAGAGCAGUGCCCGUUGUUCCUCCAGCAUAAGUGUACGCAGCACAGACCCUUUACGUGCUUUAAUUGGCAUUUUCUCAACCAGCGGCGAAGACGACCCAUAAGGAGAAGAGACGGAACUUUUAACUACAGCCCCGACGUGUACUGCACGAAGUACGACGAGACCACAGGCAUUUGCCCAGAUGGAGAUGACUGUCCUUAUUUACACCGGACCACUGGUGACACAGAGCGCAAGUACCAUCUACGCUAUUACAAGACUGGCACUUGUAUCCAUGAGACAGAUGCUCGAGGGCAUUGUGUGAAGAAUGGCCUCCACUGUGCUUUUGCUCAUGGGCCACAUGAUCUCCGACCUCCAGUCUAUGAUAUCAGAGAGAUCCAAGCACAAGAAGCUCUUCAAAAUGGGCAGCUGGGAUCUGGUGAAGGUAUUCCUGAUCUGCAGCCUGGCGUAUUAGCCAGCCAAGCUAUGAUUGAGAAAACUCUGACAGAAGACCCCCGGUGGCAAGAUACCAACUUUGUUUUAGCCAAUUAUAAAACAGAUCAGUGUACUAAGCCACCAAGACUAUGCAGACAGGGCUACGCUUGCCCCCACUACCACAACAGUAGAGACCGAAGACGAAAUCCUAGAAAGUUCAAAUAUAGGUCAACUCCUUGCCCUAAUGUGAAACAUGGGGAUGAAUGGGGCGAGCCCUCAAAGUGUGACAGUGGAGACAGUUGCCAGUAUUGUCACUCUCGCACUGAACAGCAGUUUCACCCAGAGAUCUACAAAUCUACCAAAUGCAAUGAUAUGCGACAAACUGGAUACUGUCCCAGAGGGCCGUUUUGUGCGUUUGCACAUGUAGAAAGAAUUCCAUCUACAGAAGAAACCAUGAGCUCAUUGCUAACAGCGAUACAGUCAAGUUCACAGUCCCAGAUGGGCUCUCAGCAGUAUUCAGAAUGUCCGGUCAGCGAGUGGAACAGUGGAGGCAACUCCACCACCAGCUCAACCAGUAGCAACGGACAAGUAGGAAGUGUUUCAUGUUCUAAUAGCUCAACUGUAACGCCAAGCUCAGGAAGCGACAGUUUGUUAUCCCCAGUGGGAUCCAUCAGCAGGCCCAAAUCCUUAACUAAUAGUAGUUUAUGUUCAGAGUCCACCACAUCCAGUGUCUCCUCUCUGACGUCUAACUAUCCUAAAGCUCCGGGCUUUGAACGUGAGGAUCAGAUUAAGAACAAGGGGCAGGAUCAGAAAUUGUUGGACCAAGAAAAACAGACACAAAAUACUGUAUUCUCUGCGGUGAACCCUUUGGCAUCAAGCUUUACCUCCAGUAUAACAUCCAGCUUGGCUUCUAGUAUUGGCUCCGAUAGCUCUUCACCCACCACCUUAUCAACAAUGAAUGCAAAAGCCACUCCUUUCUAUCCAGGGAGCAACACAGUGGAGUCUGUCAUUGGAUCCGCUCUGGAUCUCAACUUCAGUGACAUUAAUGUUGCAUCUCUUGAUAAGGAGUUUGAGGAACAAGACAACAGUGUAGGACUGGCAAGUCAAAGGGUGCUAGGUGGAUCUGCUCCGGUUAACAUUCCUGGCUCCCUGGCACGAUCGUCGUCUUUUAAUUCCUCGUCGUCACUCUCCACCUCCCCACUAAGCUCCCUCUCCCAGUCUCUGUCGCAGUCACUGCUGUCUGGGACGGUAUCGCAGCAAAAUCAACCUUCAAACAUGUUAGCCAAGCAAGAGCAUGGGCUUCUGGGAACACCCACCUCCUCUUCCCAGAACUCUUUGGGCUUGAAUGGAGGUGCGAGCAGCAUUUGGGACUUUGUAAGUGGCAGCUUUUCACCAAGUCCAUCUCCAGUUUUCAGCAGCCUAACCUCCACAACCAGCACUGCUGAUCUUGCUCGCCUUUUUAGAGAGCUGGACGAGGCCAAGAGGAAGAUCAAACAAUGGGAGGAGGCCUGGCAUCAGGUCAAGCAAGCCUGUGAAGCUUGCCAGAAAGACGCUCAUGAAGCAAAGGAACAUGCAAAAAAAGCCGAGGCAGAGCGGCAGCUGGCAGAACAGAAAUGGGAGGAAACGGAGCGCAAGCUGAAAGAGCUCCAAGGGGACUUUGACGUGCUUUGUCGCACCCCUGGAACACCUCUUCUACGUAGCUAUGGAGAGCUGGACCAGCUCCCCUUGUCAAAGCUUCACUCCAUCCAGAAUCAGCUGCGUAAUGACCUAGACCUUAUAGAUGGGGUAAUAUAUCAGCUUCAGUCAAAGAAAUGUAUAGUUUGCCAAAAGCAUGAUCGUUGCAUUGUUCUGCAGCCUUGCCAACAUUAUGUACUAUGUGACAACUGUGCACCUAGUAAAACAGAAUGUCCCUACUGUAGAACAAAAAUAUUGAAGUGGUGAUGUACAAUUACUCGAGGUACUAUGUAAAGAAUUAGCCCUUUGAAAAACUACUAAUAGAUAUUACAUUUUCUAAAUAACAAUGUCUGUUUCAUACAGUGGUUGAAUUAAUUUAGAAUAAAAUGAUGUUUGACUGACAAAACAUAGUAUUAUGAAUCAAAUUGUGUACAGGGGUUUCAGUCAUUAUAGUAUUUGCUCAUUUUAUGUGCACAUUACCAUGGCAACCAGAUAGCUUUCUUUAUGCAAAUUAGAAUAUUAAAUUACUUUGAAGAUUUGAGAAAAGGCAUCGCAAUCAGGACUCGGGGCAGUCUAAAGGACAUAAAUGUGGUGUGGAGACAUUUUGUUUAUACUUUGUCAUGAAUUAAUUUAGGCUAAACGCAGAAUGUGGCUGCUUUGCCCAAACAAAAUGCAAAUAUGCACUGCCAACCUGACAUAUUGCUCUUACCGUAAAUACAAAUUUUACAGAUUUUUAAGAAAGAAAAUGUAAAAACAGGAGCGUUAAACUUGGUUAAAAGCCGUAUACACAAAGGCAUUGAUGCGUGUGAGUUCGUAUUUCUGCCCUCAUGUUCUGCUGUUUAUGGAUUCUUACUUCACUGUACUUGUGUGGAUACAUCUCUGAUAACCUGAGGUUGCUCCUUCUGUACUUAAUGCACUUAAAAGUCCAACCACAGCAAAUUUUUAACAAGACAUUUCCACCGCAGCUUUUCAGAAAUUACUGCGAAAAUUUGUGUAAAGGCAAUAAAAGGUUGUAGUACAUCACAGAUUCUUGUGAUUGAAGAAAGAAAACAUACUCACGGUAACUAUAAUAUUAUAUCUUAACUGAAAACAGAUAGUUGUAGUUUUAAAAAUGCACAUAAAAGACUUGUCAUACUGCAGGUCUUUAGGUAAUUCUUCUUUCAUUCUGAGGGUGGAACAAGUUUGAUGUAGUAUCCUUUGUAAUAAUAUCAAAGGGAGUGGACCUUGAGCCCACUGACUUCCGUAGGGGAAUUUGAAAAUGAACAUUUUCCCAUUGUGGAUCAAACAGUCCCACACAAUUUUACAAAAAUAUAGACAAAGCCAUUGUUGAUAUUUUACCACUAUAGCUAGUGCCAUAGGCAUUCCAGGUUGGGAUCUCAGAUGCAAGGAAAUCACUGUGUAGAGUUCACUUACACUUAACUAGUCCGGUGACGUUAAACAUAAAAUGGGCAAAACUCAAAGCAGAUUUUUCUUUAAUUAAAGAGGAAUACUAAAUCUAAAUCAAAAAAAUUCAGUUGGGAGGUUUGGGGAACAAUUCAAGAAACCAGACAUCCCAGAACCUGAAUGUGACUGAUACUAAAUUCAGAAAUCAUAUUUUUGUUUUAGCCUCACAGAAUUCCAGAAAGAAGAAAAAAACCUUUGUGUACCUUUUACAGAGCUGUGUGUGAAAUGGGUUGCUGAUCAACUUCAUUGUACCAGAAAAUGCUUGAAAGUUUAGAAGCUCUGUGCUCUGAGGAAUAAAUACUCAUGAAUGAUGAGAAUAUAGUAAUCUUCUGAAGUAUUGUUCAUCAAUAGAAACUAAAUAUGCAGAUUCACAUCCAGUGAAGUAUUGGCGCUGAUCCACACCUGUAUCUAUAAAUCAGACUAACCAAGGAAGCAACAAAACACAUAAAUGCUGAGAUUGUACAAUGUUCCUCUUUAAGUAAAGGCACAUUUUCUAAAUAAAAAAACAAAUUUUCAUUAACAUUUUUUAAUGCAGCCAGUCAAGCAUCAUUAUUUUGACCAACUUUCUGAAGAAGAUUGAUUUCUUACUAAAGCACUUUGUUGACCUGGGACUUUAUUAUUAAAGGGUAUAUAGAAAUUUGCUUCAAGCUGCUUUGUAGAUGUUCUUUUGUGUCUUUUUUUAGAUUUAUAAUUUUUUUUUUCUAUAUAAGCUAAUGUCUGAAGCUUUUGUGUGUACUGUGAAACAUCAUUUGAAUAUUUCAUAUUUCCUAUUAACUCAUGGCAUGGAUCUACAUAUUAAGGUUUCAUAGAAAAGUACUUAAUAGUUUCUACUUUCAUAGUUAGAUUUAUAAAAUUUCAAUCAAAUAAGUGCAAAUUUAAAAUGCAUUUUAGGCAUAACCAGCAGCUGUAAUAUCAGUAAGGCACAUGCUACAUGUUAAGGCUGUUAUUCAAUCAGUUAGUUUUGUUUUGUAGAGACUUAUAUAGCUUAGCCAUUAGAGAAGCAUGUAUUGUAUUUGCUAAAAGCCUGAGAUGGUGAUUUUUGUAGAAAUCUAGCCUCUUGACCUUGUCUAGAACAUAUCGGCCUCUAACUCUAAAGUGCCUUGCCUUAGUUGAAAGGUUAUGUGUAGAAUUGUCAGAGCAAACACAAGUAGUUGAAGCUUGUCCACAGGUUUCUGCAUAACAUGUCUUGUUUAACUUUGCAGAAGCAUCGACAUGUGUAUGACUAUAUGUGUAUAUAUAAAUAUAUGCCAGUGUAUUUGGCCCAAUCCCAUUCAAGUAUUUUGGCAGAAGAUUAAAAACAAACAAUUGUCAGUACCUGUGGUCCUGACUUCAACCUUUAGAAAUUAACCUCUCUUCUCCCCUCCCACUCAUUCCUUGGCCGUGGUGCUCUUUUAGUGCAGCUUCAGUCUUUGAAAUUAGGUUUUUCAAUUUAACAUUUGGGAGUGUUCAAAGAGAGUGAAUUUGUAUAGCAACAUAUAAUGCUGUUUAAACAGUUGAGUAACUUUCAUUUGUUUUUAUUGUUAUAAUUCAGCAGUGAAUGAAGAAUUCCGUAGUUAACUUGUAAGUUGGAUUCUGCUUAGGAUUUGUGCUUAGGUUCCUCUAAUUGAAAUGACCUUCUACUGUGUUAAGAAAUCUUUGUAUUUUUGCUUUAAAUUCAAUAGAAAUCAUGUAUCUACAGGUACACCUUUUGCUACUUAUAUGGGAAAAUGCAUUGUUUACAUUCUCAUAAAUGACAAUUAAGCAACUCAGAGGAAAAAUAUCAAGAGAGGUUGUGGUAUUUUAGCAUUUUCAUGAUUAUAUUACUGCAUAAAAGGCAACCUAAACACUUCUGGUAUUGCAUGUUAUGCGAUAUAUUAACCAGCUACAAAAAAAAGAAAAAAAAAAGUCCGCACUGUGUCACACUGCCAGAAUAUUUGUAUUGACUUAUUUUUAGUGUAGUAAAGGCUUAAUAAUUUCCGCAAGCUUCGCUGCUACUGGAAAAGGUAUUAAUGUAGUUUCUUGUUAUACAUUUAGAUGUUUGAAUGUUGUUAUGCAUCCACAGCUCAGAUUUCAGAAACUGAAAUAAUCUGUCUUCUGCUCGACUAAAUCUUAAUUUGAUUGAAUUAUUCAUUUGUAAAUGCAUUUGAGUCAGUUUCAGUACUUUUAUGUCACAUAGAAUGAUGUCACAGACCUGUACUGCUGUAGAUUGUCCCCUUUUUUAUUUUUAAAUGAUUGAAGGUAAAUGUAUUUUCCCCUAACACUGGAUAGCAGUGUACAGUGCAGCUAAUUUCACAGGAUUCUCUAUUCUAUUUUGUGUUGCCUGUGAAGCCAACUAAAAUUAAUGAUGUCUAGUCAGUGUGAUAAUCUAAAAAUGAACCAAAGUCGUGUUCUAGUAGCUGUCAAAAAGCUGGCAAAUUUGUAUUCUAAAGGGAAGAUUUACCCUCGAACACAAUUCAAAUAAAUGCUGAGGUAUCGGACAGACGAGCCUGUAGUUGUGAACAGAGCCGGCUCUUGCCCAAAAGUUAUAAAUGGCAGGUCAGAGUACCAAGGCCAUCCAGACGAAAGAGAGAAAACGUCCAGCAUCUUGUGGCAAGAAUUCUGGGUUUGGAUGGAUUUUUGCAUAGAUAUUUCAUUCAGUAGGCCAUAUAUCCUCAUAGUGAAUAAACAACACGACUAUGGUAAUGGAUUUUGCUUACAUUAAUGGACUUGAGCCCAAUUUUUGCAGUUUUACCAAAGACCUGUACUGUUGUUAUUUCUUUUGUACUACAUUUCAUCAUUUUGUUUUAUUUCAAUAAGAAACCUAAAUUGAUUUUAAAAAGUAAUCACCUAGUACCUUAAAUAGAUAAUGUUCAUUAAUAGUAAUUAAUGGCAUCUUUUUCUAAAUCUAAAGUUAGCUAUAGUGAGUUGAUACACAAAUUAUAAAAAAAAAAAAAAUGCAUGGGUCAGAUCCUUACAAAAUGUGUAUAUGUAUAUUUGAUUUUGUGUUAAGUAUACAUCGACGUUUAUGGCAGGUUUGUGCAAUACUGACUAGCACAUGCUGACCUUAAGCAAGAAUUUGGUGUCAGUUUAAUUGUUAUCUACAGUGAAGGAAUGUGAAGGUGAAUGACAUUUGUGCUUCUGAAGUGGCCAUAUAAACUUCACAACUACUGUUUUGAAGUUUUUAUUUUUUAUUUUGCUCAACUACAUUAUCUCAAUCACAAAUUGAUGGUUAUGCAUUAUAUGCUGUUAUGAUAGGCCUACAGGGACUGUAAGGUGCUUUCUUUAUAUCUGACUAUUUGUUUUCUAUUUCUUAAAGCCGUGGUCCAAAUUAGUUUUUUUCUUUUUUGUUGUUGUAAAAUUACAGGAGACAGAUGAUGAUUGUCACAAGCAUUAAUGGCAGAUACAGACAUAAUUAAAACUGAGUUAUUGUUAUGGUAAUUUGUUAUUGGCCCUUUAAUCUCUCCUAGUGGUCUACUUGCCCCAAUUCAAGUUUUCUAAAAAAUAAAUGAAACAAACUUCACUUGGUAAGCACAGCUUACAUUUCUUUACAUGUGUUAAAUUUAUCUCUUAACAGACCAAUAACACUUUCAAGUACAUUUGUGCCUUUAAUAGUGUUAAUUGGUGUCAUGAGAAUACAUCUCUGAGACAGUUUUUUUUUUCUGUCAGUCUGAUGAAAAAAUGUAACAUGUUUAAUUAGAAUCAAAAUUCCAGUGCCUUACAAUAUUUUUGUGGACCACAGUGUGAUUUCUAAAUGAUCCUUUUGCAUUCAGGCCACUGGAAUCUCUGAGAUUUUCUUCACCAGUUCCACAGGCAGUUAUAAUUGACUGAUAAUCGUUCAUCUCAGCCUGUAUUUGCCAUAAAAUUCAAAAAACACAGCAAUACUUAACCAUUGAAUACACAAUUUUGAUCUCAAUUAGUCAUUUGGCACCAAAAACUCAAUUGUUUGUAAGGAAAAGCACCAAAUAGGAAGACUCUUGUAAAUGAACUGUAAUAGAUGUAUCAUUAUGCUCUGCAAUGGAAUAGUUUAAUCUAUUUUGCAUUAUUGUUAGUUGCUGUGUUGUCUUUUUGUUUUUAAUAUUAUGAAAAUGGAGCCUGAAGAUUUAUGCAAUCUUGUACAUGUAUAUGAGUAUGAUGUAUGGAGAUGUUCAAAUUAAGUGAAAUACUAGUACAAGUGUUGUCAAAAGUAAAUAAUCUGAAUGUGGAACCAGUUGUUCCAUAAACUUUAGGAAAGUUCUGUAGAAAUGUUAUUUUAACAUUGAAGCCCUGAAAUAUUGAAUGUAUUGUUCUAAAUUAGAUAUUCAAUGAAUAGGUCACUGGAUAUUAUGGAGCGCAGUUAAUUCAUUAUGAUGUAGCAUCUAGUUGUGAACUGCUAUUCAAUAAAAAUUUAUUAGAACUAAAA